AAAGGUUUACUAAUUUGUUCAUCUAUAGAAAAACAAAAUUUUAAAAUAAAAGAAAAAAGUGAUGUAGAUUUUGAUAAAGAAGAACUUGAUCGAUCAAAAGUAGUUGAAAGUGAUGAUGAACAAGAAUUUCUUUUCAGUAUACCAUUUAAUGGUGUUGUAAAAAUAACUGGCCUAUGUGUUAUUGGUGAAAAUGGUCCAACACAUCCAAAUACAGUUAAAUUGUAUGUGGACAAAUUAUUUCAGUAAAGUAGGAGUUA